AGGAAUUUAAUAAACUUCGUCGUUCCAACUUUUGAGUGUUUCAUAGUUAGUGUAUAUGUUUUCACUUUUGGUUCAGCAUAUCUUUGAAAAGAUCAACAGCGAUUCGUUAGUGUGCAGUUAAAAUUAUAAAUAAUUUUGGCAAGUUAACAUCCGAAAAAUAUACAGUGAAUAAUACAUAACAUCGUACGAUAUAUAAGUGCAGUCAUUUCCGAACACACAUACAUACGAACAUUGAUUUUUAGCCAAAAGUACUUUGAUUAUGCUGCUUAAAAAGAAUAUUUCGUUUGCUGGAAAUAUUGUCGAUUCGCCAAGAUAUUGAAAACGGAUUUGGAUAUUUUUUAGGGACAUUCUGGAAGAAAAACUAAAUUAAAAACGAGAAGAUAUAAGUUUUUCUCGUUUGCCAAGUUGGCUGUAUUUUUUUUUUGUUCCGUAAUUUUUUGCUGGCCUUGAACGCAUUGCAAUGGCAUCAUCCUCAAUAAUUUCAAAUAAUCCAAUAUCAACACAUAGCAAACCAGCAAAAACCGUUAAUGGUACCAAAGCAACUUCAACGACAAACGCAACACAUUUGACACGCAAACGCUCAUACGAGACCGCUUUAACAACGGCGUCAAAGAAUACAGCUACCACAACGGAGACGGAAGUUUUUGAAUCACAACAGCAAAGCAAAUCUAUGAAGCCUCCUUCAUCCAAUGAGAAUUUGUUGUCCCCAGAGGAUUCUGCACGAAGUGGGACCCCAUCAAAAGAUUUUACGCGCACAAUUUCACAACACGAACCAGAAGAAGCUGGAAAUGACAUAUUGGCAGCUGCUGCCAAAGCCAUUGCCGAAACACCCAGCAGUCCUGUGAAAAAGAAAUAUGUGCCGCCUAAAUCUUUACAAAAUAUUCCCAGCGUUAGCAGUGGUAGUUCCGACAUACAGACCAUAUGUAAACCGGCACCUUUCUCUACCGAUGAAGAAGCUGUAUGUGAACGGGAAAGAUGUGACUACACUCAAAAGAUUACCUACCAAAUGGCUCGCAGCGGUCAGGCUAACAGAAGAGUCCGAGUUUAUGCUGAUGGUAUCUAUGACUUGUUUCAUCAAGGACACGCAAGACAAUUAAUGCAGGCGAAAAAUAUAUUCCCUAACGUUUAUUUAAUUGUCGGCAUUUGCAAUGAUGAACUGACGCAUGAGAUGAAAGGCAGAACAGUAAUGAACGAUUUUGAGCGUUAUGAAGGUGUUCGACAUUGUCGAUACGUCGACGAGAUUGUCGCAGAUGCACCGUGGACACUGUGUGAUGAAUUUAUAACUGCCAAUAAAAUCGAUUUCGUAGCGCAUGAUGACAUUCCAUAUACGGGAGAAGGUACUGAUGAUAUAUAUGGGUGGCUGAAGGCUAAAGGCAUGUUUGUUGCUACCGAAAGAACCGAGGGUGUGUCUACUUCUGAUAUCGUAGCUAGAAUUGUGAAGGAUUACGACUUGUACGUACGACGAAAUCUUGCGCGUGGAUACUCGGCCAAAGACCUUAAUGUGUCGUUUUUGUCUGAAAAAAAGUUUCGUUUGCAAAAUAAAAUGGAUGAGUUAAAGGAUCGUGGUCGACGUGAACUGACAAAAGUCAAAGGAGACAUAAUAACUAAAUGGGAAGAGAAAUCGCGCGAAUUUAUUGAUGCUUUUCUAUUGCUCUUCGGAAGGGAUCGUCUAAAUCAUUUAUGGAACGAGUCGAAGGGAAAGUUGAUUCAGGCACUUAGUCCACCUGGUAGUCCCAGUGGAUCGGUUAAUGGUGAUUUUCUCGAUUACGACGAUGAUGAGGAUGAUAUCGAUGACGACGAGGCUUUGGAGGAUGAUGUAGCCGCCUCAAGAGGUUCAAGCGAUAACAAUGGUUCUGAAAGUAAUAUGCACAUGGAACAUUCUCCCCGUGGUAGACGUACAUACCAUCGACGUGUCGUGGACAGUCCCACGAUGUUGAACAAAAACCUUCAGCACUCUCCGGAAGACGAUGAUGAGGACAUUGAAGUUGAGCGUAUAACUAAUUGAAUUCAUAUUAUUAGAUUAAACAAUUCCACUGAGAAUAGAGUUUAUUAAACAAAAUAAAUUCAAAACAAUCCAAA